CCGUUGACCCGCAGAGCGCGGGGUUGUCAUUAUCUCACAAGACAGUUGUCAGUCGAUCUCACGUUCGCAAACAUGCGCAUUUUGCUCAUCUGCGCUUUGUUUCAAUAUGCUUUCGCGCAAGUUGGUUUUGGAAGAUCCUAUUUAAGAAAUUCGCGUUUGUGUCACCAAUGGAACUGUGUGAACGUGAAGCUAGGUCUUACAGACACAUUACCUCCUAGAGAACAGUUUUCCAGUAUUCUAGACAAUUUGCUGCCUGCCGAAUGGCAUGACGCAGGUCUGGAGGCACUAGACACGUGCUAUGGCAACCGCACAAGGCGGUACACGAACACGUGCCCCGGACAAGCACUCAUACAUUGCGUAGUCGAUAAUCUAAUGGCGAAUUGUCCCGACGACAAAUGGGCUAAAGAAGAUGGAUGUAACCCGGUUUCCGCUCUAGCUGGAAGUAAAUACAUGUUUUCGCAAAGUCGUUAUGCAAAUCUUCAACAGAAUAUACUAAAAGAACGGCGUCCGAAAUGGUUCUUGGAGCAUUACUUCAGCACGAAAUGCUGCGAGUUACCGCAGCUGUUCAAUUCCACAGUACUGACGGAGUGUGGGUUCGAUACUUUCCUGCUCUACCACUUGCACGAUCCACAAAUUGACGCACAUUUGACAUCAGAACAUAUCAGACCAUUAUCAUCGAAUCAUCUUCGUGCAUCCAUAUCCCACUACAUCCCGGUACGAUCGCAAACACCAGCUGUCACAGACACCACUAACUUCGGUGGCAUAGAGGAAAAUGAAGUGGUCAAUGAUCCUCUCGAUUGCUGUGAUAUGAGAGACUUUAUACUGCCGGAAUGGCGCGAGGAAUGUGCCUUCCAGCUGUCCUGGCACCGCCACGACAGGUUAGUCAUUAACCAGUUGCGACAACCUGUCACUGACCCACCUGUCACCACAGAGACUAAUGAACCUAAAGUGACAGAUGUCAAGAUUGUACCCCAUUCGUGCGAGAUAGAGACAUGUAUAUUCAGCAAGCUAGGCAUGGUAUCAUCAGGCGUGGUGGACACGCUCGCGCUCUCGCGGCUGUUGAACAAUAUAACAGGAGAUGGUCGCUGGCUGAGGGCGAAGGCCCGCGCGGACUCGCACUGUCUCACCAAACUGGCCACGUACGAAGCGGACUGUGAGAUCAAUAAAGUGCUGGCUUGUGUACUGGAUGUACUUACUGAGAAUUGUCCUGAUGCUAAAAAAGAUGACCCUUGCAAACAUUCAAGCGGCUUACAGAAUAAUAUAACUUGUCAGAUAAGUUCAUCUAAGUAUAGACCGCGCAAACGUCGUCAGCUCUGUAACGUCCCUAAUUUCGUGGAUAUGAAGAUACUAAAGGAAUGUGGUGUGGAGUCUGUAGCGAGCAUUGAACACGCGCCUGAGACACCAGCUCUGAAGCGGGGCUGGACUGACGGGGGGAAGUGCAAAGAAGAAACACCUUCAACGACUUGCAUAAUGAAAAAAAUGGACAUCCUCAAUAAAUACAACUUCAUAGAUUAUUUCAAGCUGAAGGAGCGCUUGCGUAACUUCUGUCAAGGAGUGUGGUCUCCAAUGCGUAGUGCGUACAGCGCGGCGUACAAUGCGGCGCCGCUAUAUACGGAGCACUGCAGCUCACCCAACAAACUGCUCAAUGUACUCGAUACAAUGCUGGCUACAUGUCCCAUAUCGAAGAGAAGACGAGGUGAAAACUGUAGGAGAAUAUUCUCUGAGCUCACAAAUUCUUUACCCGGUCAUCAUAAAGAAAACAGUAAUGCCACAUUAGAGGACUUACUGCGUCGAUUCCAACACGUUUUUUUACCUGGACAAAUAUCUCAUUUAAAUCCAACUAAUACUAGAAUUGUAGAUCAUCAAAGAUAUCUAUUUAACUAUGGGUUUUUGAGUUCCCAAGAUGAACCUUCAGUUAGAGUAAUAGAUGUAAAACCAACUCCUCCAGUAGAAAAGCCUUUAGUUCUUCUGCCUGUGUAUCAACGAAUGAAUGGAAGAUCUUAUAAUAAUGACGGAAUAUGGCGCGGAUUUUCAAUACAAUGAUUGUUGUACAAUAAAUAUAUUUAACCGUGGAUUUUU